UCGGAUCUAUCGGAAUGCGCAUUACACAGAAACACACACACGCACGUACACACACACACACACAAAUCAAACCGUGAGACGGCUUCAGAUCAAAUCGCCAGUCUGGUUUUUUUUUUGAGUCUCUUUUGAGCCCCUCUGAGCGCUCGCGCUCUGGACACGCGUUAACGGUUCUUUAGUAAGUCAUAGCGGAAAGGCAGCGUCCUGUCUGUCUCGCACGCACGGGUCGCUCGGAAGCAAGUGCGCGCGCCCUCGGAGGUGAAAUCGAAAUCGCUCGCUCCACGUGAGAGUGAGUCUCAAAGCCGCGCGCGCGAUCUUUGUUGUCUGGUCUUUUUUUUUUUUUCAGCUGGGAAGAGUCAGAGGCAUCGUUCUGUACUUUAUUGAGCUCAGUCGUUUCUCCGCGGUUUGAAGUUUACAGAGACAGCGCGAAGGUCCGAGAGAAAAGCGAGUCUCCGCGCAUCCCGACUCGCGAGGAGGAAAGUCGAAUAAGAUGAGCAACAGUGCUGCGAUCCCCAUGGCAGCCAGCAGCACCUCAAUGGCAGCGAGAGGAUCCGGAAAACCCAUCAGCUUCAUCCCAGAGCUGCAGAGCAUGAUGUUUGCACUGGGUGAUUCACGGAGACCCCUACACGAAACCGCUGCCCUGGUGGAAGACAUAGUGCACACGCAACUCAUCAAUAUGCUCCACCAGGCAGCCGAGGUGGCUCUCCUCCGAGGAGCCCGACUCAUCUCACCAGAAGAUAUCAUCUUCCUCAUGAGGAAAGACAAGAAAAAAAUGCGGCGACUCCUUAAGUACAUGCAGUUUCGAGAUUACAAAUCCAAACUGAUGAAAACCCUUGAUGACGAAGAGCCACUGGACUCAGGUACAGACAAAUUCUCCAGCAGCAGUGCCAACAAGAGGCAGAAGAUGAUGCUGGACUUCCUGGGCUCCAUCGACCAGACAGGGGAAUUCCUGACACUGCUAGAGGAUGAGGAGGUGGAUGAAGUCAAGCAGGAGAGGAUGGAGAGACUUGAAAAGCAGACGAGGAAUAUGGACUCGGCGCAGUAUGCUGAUUUUUGCGAGAGCCGACAGCUCAGCUUUUCUAAGAAGCUCUCGAAAUUUCGUGAGUGGCUGGACUGCAGCAGUUUGGACCUGAAGCCAAACGGUGUCUCCAUGGAGAUCCUGUCAUAUCUGGCCUAUGAAACCGUUGCCCAGAUUGUUGAUCUUGCCCUGUUGGUUAAACAAGACAUGACCCCCAAAACAGGUGACCCGUUUAGCCAUGCCAUAUCAGCCACUUUCCUGCAGUACCACAGCUCCAGUGCUGAGGCCUCAUCUGCCAAAAGAGAGAUGGAUUCUCCAGAGAACACACCUCCUUCCACCCCAAGCUCAGGUCAUCAGGCCAAACUGCACAGCAUGAACCAGGGCAAUGGCACACACUCUCAGGACUCCAGCAGCAAGAGCAAGCAGCGCAAGAGGAAGAAGAGCGCAGCAGCGUGUGGCGCGGAGGCUCAGAGCAGUGCCAUCCAGCCCGGCCACAUCAGAGAGGCCAUCAGGCGCUACAGCCACAAGAUUGGCCCACUCUCCCCCUUCUCAAGCGCUUACCGCCCCAGCAGCAUGACUUUCCUGGCCUGUUGAAGAAGGAACAACGGCAUAAUGGAGGGAUGUAGAAGAGGAGUGUCAUGUGUGUGUGUCUGUGUGUCACGGAGCUUCUCUCUCACCUCAUCUGUCCAUCCACUGCUGAAGCUCAGGCUGAGAACCGCACUGCGUGUUCAGCUCUUUAACACUCAGGCUAGCGGUGCUCUCCUCCACUGAGACACUGAAAAACUCACAACAGACUUUACAUCCCUUUAAUUCUUCACAUAUUCCACCAUAUAUGCCUGAUUUUCUUAUUACCAAGACAUUAUUUUAUGAUUUUUGUUACACUUAAAGUCAUUUUUUCUACCUUGUGAGACAGUAAUUACAGAAUGGAUCAUAUUGUACAAUGUUCUAGUUGUAUGCAUCAUGAUCUUUUUGGUUAUACAUACUCUUGUAUUUCUUUUGUCUUUUUUUCUGUAAAAUAUAUCAUUUGUAGACAAUUUGAAGUAAAUAAAUGGCUCAGAACAAAAGUAAUACGUU